GCCCCACGCGCGCGCGCUCGCGCACCACGCGCCCCGCGCGGCCCGCCCGGCUCGUGGCCUCCCGAGAGCAAGAUAUGGGAAAGCAGAACCACCAAAAGGAGUGAUGACCAGCGAUCUCAUGAGAAGUCUGGAUGUUAGUUCUCAUGCCUCAGGACAUCCAGUUGGGAACUCCACACCAGCUCCUGGGAUCAGACUUUCAUCCACUUAAUACCCCUGUUUGCCUGAACUACUAGAGCCAGUCCUAGCUAACCACGAAUGGCUACCCAGAGGAAACACUUGGUGAAAGAUUUCAAUCCUUACAUCACUUGCUAUAUCUGCAAAGGGUAUCUGAUCAAGCCAACUACGGUGACGGAAUGCCUCCAUACCUUCUGUAAGACUUGUAUUGUCCAGCACUUUGAAGACAGCAAUGAUUGUCCAAGGUGUGGCAACCAGGUUCAUGAGACAAACCCGUUAGAAAUGUUGAGGUUGGAUAACACAUUAGAGGAAAUUAUAUUUAAGUUGGUCCCUGGACUACGAGAACAAGAACUUGAGCGUGAGUCUGAAUUUUGGAAGAAAAACAAGCCUCAAGAAAAUGGACAAGAUGAUACUUCAAAAGUUGACAAACCUAAAGUAGAUGAAGAAGGUGAUGAAAAUCAAGAUGAUAAAGACUAUCACAGAAGUGACCCACAAAUUGCUAUAUGUCUAGAUUGUUUACGAAAUAAUGGACAAUCAGGGGACAAUGUAGUAAAGGGUUUAAUGAAGAAAUUCAUUCGGUGUUCUACACGUGUAACUGUGGGAACGAUUAAAAAAUUUCUAAGUUUAAAACUAAAACUUCCAAGUUCUUAUGAGUUGGAUGUGCUGUGCAAUGGUGAAAUUAUGGGGAAGGAUCAUACUAUGGAGUUCAUCUACAUGACAAGAUGGCGACUAAGAGGCGAAAACUUUCGGUGUCUGAACUGCUCAGCUUCGCAAGUCUGCCCUCAGGAUGGCCCUUUGUAUCAGUCAUACCCCAUGGUAUUGCAGUAUCGACCAAGAAUUGAUUUUGGUUAGACCACGGGGCCUAGAUCCCACUGAAUGAAUCCUGCACUACGUGUUUACUCAUCGACAGACUGCACGGUGAACGGUGUGUGGACUGGAGGGACACAACCAGAUUUUCAGCAUGCGAAUAAGGCCAUUGUCUGUCUCUAAAUUCAAUGACUUUGUUUUUAGAAUCUAGCCAUACAGCCAAAUUCGGCAAGAUAAGCCCCAGAUGAAGAGCAUAUACACCAGGUUAAGCCCUGUCCUCACACCGAUCUUUUGGGGAGCCCAUGCUGUGGGCCACCUCAAGUAAAGCUCACAUUAUGAAGUCUUCCUGACAGGCCACCUGGUAAACCGCAUUGGAUCGGAUAAAGAUGGAUGCACUCCAUUAUAUACUCUGGUUUAUCAUAAGGAAUUUUCCAGCAGGCUGUGCUUUAUACCAGUGAGAUACAGAUAUUGGUUGUGGGAAUUACAAAAAUGAGUGAGUUUGCCAUAACUUUAAUUUUCUGGGUUAGAAACAUGAAAUGCUAUUAUUUUAAGAUAUAUACCUAUCCCUACAGUAAGGAAUAUAACAUGUCUGCCAGAUCUGGUUUAUAAAAAUUGAAAAAUAUUAAAUAUACUAGAAACUCAAACCCUUUGAAAGCACAAAAUAACCAACUAAUUCUGGAUUUACUUGAUAUACCUAGUUCGAUAGUAUUUUGUUGAAAAAAGUUCAGAUUGAAAGUUCAUUAAAAUGUACUCAAAUAUACAUUACAGGGUUUUCAUAGUUUUUUCUUAAAACAGUGGCAUUUUCCCAAAUAAUUUAAAAGUGAUUCUCUUCCUAAUGUAAUGUAGUUUUCACAAGUAGUGUGUUUAUUUGCUAUCCUUACUAUAUUUUCAAAUAGAAUUAAAAUGCUCGAGCACUUCCUUUUCAGAAAGUUACAAAAUUAAACAAAAAUAAAUUAUUUUAAAUGCCCAUUAGAAUGUGUCCGAAUACUUGUUAUGCCCCUUUCUCUAGGAUUCAAAACUUGAGUCAUUCAGAAAUGCUUUUUAAUUUUAAUUACCUUUAAAUCUAGAAUCAAGUGAAACAUAUUAAAUACUGGGUCCAGUUUUCUUCCAUCGUUCAGAGCUUCAUGGAAUAAGAAACUAAUCUAGUACAAACUGAAGAUUAAAUAUUUCUGGGCAGUGCAGAGAUAGUGAAUAGAUUAUGUAUCCGUGGACUUCACAUCAGUCCAGCAGAGCAGGAGUUCUGCACAUUCGAAAUGGAACGGGAUCAGCCUAACGUUGUUUGGGGUUGGUUUUCUUUCGCUGUAUUUUUUUGAGUGGGGAUGGGGGCCCAAGUGUCCUUAUGAAGCUGUGGUCGGCAAGAGCUUGUGGGGGGAGCACCAGUGUUGUGCUGCGUUCCUGCAUCUGGCAGCACAACAGCAAGCACCAGUUUUUAACAGAGUAGCCCUCACACUAAAUAAAACCAUCAUAGACUAUACUGUACAGUUAUGUUGCUAAUUUUCCUUUGAAAUAUAAAAUAUUUUAAGUUUUUUUUUUUUGGUCAAAAGUGGUAACAUCUUAAUACAAAUAAAAACCUUUUUGUGGUUGUAAGAUUUAGCUUAUAAAUCAUUCAAAUUGAAGUGAAAGAUUACCAGGUCAUUGUUAAUGACUUAGUCUAUUAAGAAUAUAUGUAUUUUUGUAAAGGAAAAGCACUUGUAGAUAUUUAAUCAGUACUAUAUGUCUGUUUUGCAGAAAUAAAAUGCUGCUUAGAGAUUCUCUUUAAAUAUUUUUUAUUUUUGUGCUCAACUGUAUUUUCUGUUGAUCUAUGGAAUGUUCUGUACAAAGCUGUAUGGUUGUACUGUUGGGCUAGACACUUUUGUUUUUUAAGAUCUGGACUUAGCCAAGUAUAUUUGACCAUGUUAAAAAUAGUAUCUUUGUUAUUAAAAUUUUGAUUGCAUAA